CUCCAGAAAACAAAAAGAAUGGGGUUUGGUCUCGAGAAGUCAACCAGAUCGACCUCACCGAUCACUGCUUCGGGUUAAAGGUUGCCGCUCGCUGCGGAAUCGGCGCGGGGAUGAGCGCCACCAUGGGGGACUUCCUAUGAGGGGUCGACGCGGGGUUUUCGACUGGGAGGCUCCCCAGUGGGAGCUUGCAGGAACAAUAAAAUGGUCGUGAUGGUCUUCAGAAUAAUUGAUGGUGUAUUGGUGGGAGGAGCAGACUCGCCGACAUCAAUCAACCUUCCAUAAUGGCUCAUUUCAGAAUCACCAAAGUCCUUGCAGUACUUGCAUCACUUGCACCAGCACUUACAGCAGCACAAGACAACAGUAGUUAUGUGGACUACGAUACUGAACCUCAGCCAAGUCUGUACGAGCAGACAGUGGUUACCCCAUUGUUAUCUGGCUUUCCUGAUUGCCAGGCAGGGCCUCUGAGCAACACUACAGCAUGCGACACCUCAGCGAGUUAUUAUGAGCGAGCCCAAGCGCUGAUCUCACUCUUCACACUUGAAGAAUUGAUCGUCAACACUCAAAACAAUGCUCCCGGUGUUCCUCGAUUGGGCCUUCCCAAUUACCAAGUCUGGAGCGAGUCAUUGCAUGGGCUUGCCCAUAACAAUAUGAGUGAUUCGGGAGAGUGGAACUGGGCCACGUCCUUCCCCCAGCCCAUCCUCUCGAUUGCAGGGCUCAAUCGCAGCUUGAUCAAUCAAAUUGGCUCGAUAAUUUCGACUCAGGCUCGCGCCUUCAACAACGACGGUCGUUACGGCUUGGACAGUUACGCUCCCAAUAUCAACGGCUUCCGCGCUCCCAUUUGGGGUCGUGGCCAAGAAACUCCAGGAGAAGAUGCUUCUUUUCUAUCUGCGGCCUAUGCAUACGAAUACAUUACUGGCCUCCAAGGCGGCGUUGAUCCCGAGCAUCUCAAGAUCAUUGCCACACCAAAGCACUUUGCUGGAUAUGAUAUAGAAAAUUGGAAUAACCACUCGCGUUUGGGGAACGAUGUCAGUAUCUCCCAGCAGGAUCUCUCGGACUAUUACACACCUCAAUUCCUAGCCGCUGCCCGUUACGCUAAGGCUCACAGUAUCAUGUGCUCGUACAAUGCCGUGAACGGAGUACCCAGCUGCUCCAACUCAUUCUUCCUCCAGACUUUAUUGCGCGACUCGUGGGGCUUUGCUGACCAGGGCUACGUUUCGUCUGAUUGUGACGCAAUCUAUAACGUUUUCAACCCUCAUCUCUACGCAAAUAAUGUAUCUGUGGCCUCCGCCGAUUCUAUGCUGGCCGGAACGGACAUUGACUGUGGCCAAACGUAUCCAUUUUAUUUGAAUGAGUCCCUCGCUUCCGGAGAGCUCUCUCGGAACGACAUUGAAAAGUCGGUCACUCGCCUCUACACAUCUCUCAUGCGUGCCGGCUACUUUGAUCAUUCAACGAGUGUGUACAGCAACCUCACUUGGAGUGAUGUAGAAACCACAGACUCGUGGAACGUUUCAUAUGAAGCCGCGGUUGGGGGAAUUGUGUUGCUCAAAAACGACGGAACUCUUCCCCUAGCCAGCACGGUGAAAAGCAUAGCUCUGAUUGGUCCAUGGGCGAACGCAACUACUCAGAUGCAGGGUAACUAUUAUGGAAACGCGCCUUACUUGACCAGUCCUCUGGCUGCUUUUGAAGCUACCGGACUACAGAUCAAUUUUGCACUGGGCACAAAUAUUUCUGGUGAUUCGACGGAGGGCUUUUCGGAUGCUCUUACGGCUGCGAACAGUUCCGAUGCAAUCGUUUAUAUAGGUGGAAUUGACAACACAAUUGAGGCCGAGGGAUUAGAUCGUCAAGCCUUGACAUGGCCAGGCAAUCAAUUAGAUCUCAUCUCUCAAUUGAGUGAAGUUGGAAAGCCUUUGAUUGUUCUUCAAAUGGGAGGCGGUCAGGUUGACUCCUCCUCAAUCAAGAACAACACCAAUGUUGGGUCCCUUAUUUGGGGCGGCUACCCGGGUCAAUCGGGAGGUGCUGCCAUAGUAGACAUUCUCACCGGCACUCGUGCUCCAGCUGGUCGUUUGGUUACAACACAAUAUCCUGCAGACUAUGCUGAGCAAUUUUCCUUUCUUGAUAUGGGUCUACGUCCCAACGGAUCAAACCCUGGACAGACCUACAUCUGGUACAGCGGAACCCCAGUAUAUCAAUUUGGCGACGGGCUCUUCUACACCACCUUUGACGAGACUGCAACUUCUAGUAAUGCUAGUAACACAUUUGAUCUCGGAACUUUGGCAUCCGCGGCUCACCCUGGAUAUGCCUACAUCGAACAAGUUCCAUUCGUCAACUUCACAGCAGAGGUGACGAAUACUGGAACAACUGCUUCACCCUACACAGCCAUGAUCUUUGCCAACACCACCAAUGCCGGCCCAGCGCCGUACCCAAACAAAUGGCUCGUGGGAUUCGAUCGUUUGGCUACGAUUACUCCCCAAAACUCGUCUACACUGAAUAUCCCAAUACCAUUAGGAGCUUUGGCUAGGGUUGAUGAGAAUGGAGAUAGGGUGCUCUAUCCUGGGGAUUAUGAGUUGGCACUGAAUAAUGAGAGGUCUGUUGUGGUGAAGUUUAGCUUCAUAGGUGGAUCGGCAGUCUUGGAGAAAUGGCCGUUAGAGGAGCAGGAGGUUUUGCAAUCUGAAUGAUUGUGGUGAUGGUAGAUAGAAC